CGAGGGCUUAGAUUCAAGGUAUUCGGGCAAGGAUGCGAGGACACUCCAACCCGUACCUCAGGGCACGAUGGCGGACAACCGCACAGACAUAUAAGUUGCGUUUGUGGGCAUGCGCCGCGAUGUCCAUUCGGCGGGGCACUCGGCAGCACAGUCCCGCGCUACACUCGGGCGGUUCAGUUGGCCAAGACACUUGGGUGGCGCAAUCGAAUGGUGCACUUUGGCGGCGAACUCGGGCGAUUCUCCCCUGUGGCGCAGUGGCGCUGUAGAUGCGGGUGGAAGUCGGGCAGUCAACACAAACGCAGUCGGGUGAUCGGAUCGGCCAUGGCCCAUCCCUCCGCGAGCGACUUUUGUGAGGGAUAUGCUCCACCCUGUUGCUUUCGACAUCGUCAUUAUCAUUCCUAUUUUUUUGUCAACGUCGUUAUCGUCCGUUGGCAUGCCUAUCGUUCCCACUGCCAUCGACCGUGAAGUCUUGGGAUCAGCGCCUUUUGGCUAAGGUGACUGUGCAGGCGGAUUGUCCGCACGAGUUGGGUGCCAAGCCAAUCUUCCCAAUGUCCGUCCUAAACUUAUAUGGUAUUGUCCACCACGUGGAGCGCAUUUGCGCUGUGGCCUGCGCCGCCAUGAUGCUAGGGCGCCUGAUUCGACAGUUGUGGACCGAGGGCGUCCCGCGAUCUUGGUUUCGCGAUUGCUAUGGUCGAUGGCUCGCGUGGUCAGCAGUCUUCAGGGCGGUCGUUUUUGGUAGAGCUGGCAUCAAGCGCAAGCAGUUCAUUAGGCUUGCCAUGGCACGGAGAAGCUACCAGUUCUUUUUGGUCGGCGCCUUCGCGCUUAUCUUCCCGAUCGUCCUCUCCCCCGAACCGCUCUUUUUCCCCUCCGAAGAUGUCCGCCCGCAUAUGCUUCCGAGGCGUUUGCAUUACGCUUUCAGCUGGGUGGUUAUUGUGUCAGUGAAUGUGUUUCCUAGCUUGUUGACCCCAUCGCGUCUUCAUGUGUGGUAUUCCCUCUUAUCACUCUCACAUGCGAUGACACUGUCACCGCUGUUGCAGUUCUCGGGGGCAAUUGGCCCCCUCAAGUUCCAGAUAUUCUAUGAUUGCCUAAUGUACUGUAUGGUUGACCUGAGCCUUCCAGCGAAUGUGCUUUGGACGACGAUUUGCUAUGCUUCCGCUUCGUACACAGUGAUUGCUGGCGAAUCCAAACCCCCCAAAACGCCUGGCGGCAAACCGAUCGGCAUGAAGUACCCCGACCCAAAGAUAAUACAUGACGUUGUGCACGAUUGGAUUUUGGCCGUUAUACUUUUGGUAGUCAUCCACGUCGUAUUCUCAAUUGUGGUCAAUUCCCUCUUAGAGGGUCAAGCAUGCCGGAGCGAAUUGCGCGCCGCAAGGUCGACCUUAGCAGGCGUUUGUGACGCCGUCGUCGAGCUCGAUUCCAAUCUGAUGCUCGCGGGGCCUUCCGAAAAACUUGCGGCUUUGCUAAUGCAUAGCCAGCCUCGGUCUCUGGUGGGGUUGAGCGUAUCGUCCUUUCUUGCCACAGAGGCAGAUCGCGAGAAAUUUGCCAAAGAGGUAACCUCCAACACCGCGCAUGAUGAUUUCUGCACGGCUUUCCACGUCAAAUUGCGAGACAAUUUUGGCAUCUAUGUGUCGGUGGAAGUUUUCAGCGUACGUUUCAGUAGUAGUGAUGAAAAGGAGUCGUACCUAGUCGGCUUUCGGGAAUUUGCUGACCUGGCUCCAUCAAGGAGGACGCAGCCGAGUGUGCCGACAAUGCCUAGUGCUGAUAUGACGAUGGAUGUUCAGAGCAGGUUACAGUCCUACGAGACUGAACGCAAAGAUGGUGGCACCAAUUCCGAAGGGGAGUCUUGCGCAUCGUCUUCUAUUCCCGAGGUUGCUGUUUGGGUCGACGCUAUGUCACAAGACUUAACCAUGUUGCGUUGCACUAUGGCCUUCGAGAUGUUGGUGGGCAGCUCUUGGGCGCAAAUCUGUGCUACCGAGUGUCAUCUUCUGCAGUGUACUCGGCCAGACCAGCGAGAUGACUUGAAGUUCUGGGUUCGUCAUGCCUGCGACAAGUCCACUGCACACGUUUUGCCAACUGUGAGUGGUGUGUGCUUCCGUUUCGGUGAGCAUCAUCAUCGCUCACGUUUCGCCAUCAAGAACAGGGUAAGAGUGUCCGUGGCUCCGCCAGGCGGCGAAGACUGGCCCGAGGGCCUGGACCGACCUCCGUGCGUGGCGAAGCUCGUUCUCGAGAGGCCCAGGUGGAUCCAGGAUCAACGCUGGACCCGGCGUGCCAGCGCGCCCGUGCGCCCUCGCGCCCCUCUGUCGGCAGGCGCCCUCGGCUCGGACGGCGCUGGCGCGGCCGCGGCGGCGGCCCCCGAGGACGCUGGCAGCGCCCCGACCCCACCGCAACGCAUCGGCCAGGCGGCACAGCCGGUGGCAGCGAGCGGCCCGAGGCCCGAGGCUCCCGCGGGCGCCGGCGCGUCCCCGGCCGAGGCGGGCAGCGCUCGGUCGUCGGACAGCGAGGGGAGCCGCGGGUGGCUCUCGCUCUGACGUGCAGUGCUGGCUGUCCACUUUUAGGGUCAAGUCGGACACGUCCCUCUAGAGGAGGAAUGUUCACACAUCGUCAGUGCAAAGUCGGGGGACGACUUUUUGAUUCUGUUCGACAAUGUUCGUGCAUGUUUCGAGUAGUUUGAAUUUAUCGUCCAAAAUCCGCCUGUAGGGGGCAUGCCCGAACGAACAAUGACAUAAACGUAAAAACUCGGAGGCCCGCGCGGAUCUCUCGGAUCCGCGCUGGACCC